CCAGCCACCAACGAAGUUGGCACCGAAGGCUCCGAAGCAGACCCAAGAGGCAGGAUACUGUAUGGUGCUAGAUGGCCUUGGAAAUUAAGUACUUCAGCCAUGCACGGCAGCCAUUGAGUCUUGUACACUUCUUCAAUCUUUAUUUUAUGCUGACCUGAUAUGACAUGAUCUCAGUAUGGCUCAAACCUUGAAUUUGCAUGGCUCUACUUUGCCGCUUGCCUUGGUUGCAGACCUGCCGUUGGGGGACCGCCCAAACUGGCCGGUUGACUGGGUGUUGCAUGACCACAGGAACAGAGAGUUAUGUGGAUUGGACCUGGGUGACCUCGGGCACCUGGAUGGACCAAGCGCAUUCAGUUUCACCAAAACCUGGAAUGGUGCUCCUCAGUACGCCAUUGUCGAAGACUUUGCUGGAAAGGAUGUGGCACAGGACUUGGCCUCACUUGGUGGCCGAUGGCGGGGCCACGGUGUUACAGGCCACAGCGCCGGAGUUGCUGCCAGAGCUGGUGCUCGGAGAUUUGGAUUCAGCGCGGCCUGAGGUGCUCCAGUCCUACAGGGACAGGGGCGUGGAAGUCCGUGACCUUUCACACGACCAAGACACCACCGACCUGGAGAAAUGUUUGAAUACAGCUCAGAAGGACUUCGCCUGCAAACGCAUCUUCGUGGCAGGAACGUUUGCAGGUGUUCAGGGCUGCUUCGACCACACCUUGGGUGCAUUGAACGCUUUGUGCAAGGCGGAGGUGCAAGGCAUCAAUGCGGCACUUCUUAGCAUCGUGGUUGCUGAGCCAACUAGUCUUUUGGGAGGAUUGUAUGGGUUUGGACUCCGGACAUUCCUGAUGCUUCCGAAGUCCUCCUGGGAUUUCUUCAGACCAUUUGAGGCGAUGAUAGCUGCUGCAUCCUUCUUCCUAAAGGCCGUCACUGCUUGACAGCCCCGCGUCAAUCAUGUUGUGGUCUCGUACCACUGGGCGGCCCAGUGCGUGUCACAACAAGCGGACUAUGCUGGGACAUGAAGGACGCGGUGCUGGAAUGGGGCGGUUUGGUGAGCACUAGCAAUGGUCUUGAUGAAGCCGGUGAUGGCCUAGUGUGGGUGGACACGGAUGGCACAGUUCUCUGGACCUGCAACAACGUGCCCUAAUACUGAUACUCGUAAGAUUCCUCGAGACCCUUCGAAGUGCAAGCGCUAAGAAAUGCGGCGGACAGUUAGUCGCAGCAGGAAGGCCAGAUCACUUGGCCAACUGAUUUCAGCUGAGCUUAUGAGAGGAUCUCAGCUCAUUGGGCGUGACUUGUAGAUAGAUGAUCGACAUGCAGAAGAAUAAGAAUUGUGAAGUAGUCCCACAAGACAUCCUGACCUCAAGUGUCGAUGGAGACCGUAUAAAAGGGACACCGAG